UUCUGUACAGGAUGAGAUGUUGUUCCUGUAUCCUCUGAGAGGGAGCACUGUGGAUACCGUCUUUCACAGCUAUGGGGAACAACGCUUGACAUGUAUGUGCAGUUUGUAUUCACAUCAGAGGAACCAGUAAGGAGAAGAGUUCUACUUCUGAGGUGCUAAAUGUCUAACUGAAAGUUCAAGUGAAUUGUGAAAUUCCUGGAGUAUAUCUCGUGAAUUGUACCAAAUGGCUUCCAAAAUCCUUCAGCGGCUACGCCCUUCCACGCAGCAAGAGGAGAUACCACCUGUAGUAACAGAAGAGGCUCCAGAGAUUGCAGAUCUGGUGGAUGACAUGGAUGGAUUGUCUGUACGACUAAGUGGGACCCUCAGUCUGAGUGAAGAUAGUCUAGGGUCUGAGGAGAGUGAUGAAACAGAAGAAAGACCGAUAGAGGAAUGGUGUCCAAGUCCUCUUCUAACACAACAGAUGAGAGAAGUAUGGGCAAGUUCUCAGAGCCACAGUGUACCUAUUAGGCUGACAUUUGAGGUUACAGAGGCAAAUGUAAUUCGUGAUGGUUAUUCCAAGUAUGUGGUAUACACCAUCUUCAUCAUGCAAUCAGGGCAGUAUGACUCAUCUCCUGCCUCCAUCUCCUGUAGAUACUCUGAUCUUGAGUGCUUGAGAAGAAAGCUUCGUGCACUCUACCCCAAAGAAAUGAGAGACGUCUCUUUCCCUCGCAAGCGACUGCGCAAGAACUUCACUGCCGAGACGAUAGCUAAGCGCAGCCGUGCAUUUGAACAGUUCCUCAGUCAUGUGUCCUCACUGCCUGCCCUGCUCAGCUGCCCUACUUUUCUUUGUUUCUUUUAUCUGAAAGACAUUCAGAGAGCACAACAUCUUACCUGCAACAGCCUCUACAAACUGGCACUGCCUGUCUGGAUUAACAUCUGGCAUUUGCAAGAAAAGUUGUGCCCAGCAACACCUUCUACUCACAGAUUUCUAGUAUUAGCAGGAUUGGUAGUUUGUCAUCAGGAAAUGGAUGAACUUGUGGAAGCUCAGGAUUGCAGCGAAAGAGCAGUAUCUCUAUUACAGGAAGCACAGGACAGUCCAUUUCUGGUGCCCUUCCUACUAGCACACAUUCAGCUCUCAUGGAGAGUUGGGAGAGAUAAGCGAGACUCUGAGACUACACUACAGAAGCUGCAGGCAGACGGAAGCAAUAUAACCAAUUCACUCAGUUUGAAGGAUAUUCUUAAUCGAGAAACUAUCGAUUAAUCAAAGGGUCAUAUUAAAGACUCUAGUAACAACAUUUAUUCUACACUGCACUAAUUUAAUCAUACUUUACUUUUUUAUACUGUAUGUACACUUGUAUUUUGUUGUUUUAAAAUUAAAAAACAUCUUUUUGUAUUGAAA